AUGUCGAAAUUCCGGGGAGUCUCCUCGAUGGGUAUUGGAGACGCGUACCAGGCGGGCCGACCAGGCGCGGAUCUGCGCCCGAAGCCGACCAGGUCAGCCAAUGGUUUGCGAUUGCGCUCCCGACAGUUUAUCACGUUCCUGCUUCUCUGGCUCUUUGUGGUGCAGUAUUUUGAGAGAUGGCAAGUAAGUAGCAUGAUUAGAUCCUGCCGUUGGAAAGACUGGGAAAAAUGGCCUUCAGGCGCCGAUCCGCAUCAUCUGGUAGUUAUCGGAGAUCCUCAAUUGGUGGACAAUUUCUCGUACCCUGCAAGAAAUAGGUUACUGUUAUAUUUAACACAGCGGCUCAGCGACAACUAUUUGCACCGAAAUCAUCGACUUUACCACCAGAUCCUCCAACCAGACACCGCCCUCUUUGUUGGAGACCUCUUUGAUGGCGGCCGCGAAUGGACUAAUCCAGUCUGGUACGGAGAAUACUCGCGCUUCCACAGAGUUUUUGAUCCGAUCGAAUCUACAAGAACAUUGGCUCAAAUUCCAGGAAAUCACGAUAUCGGUUUUGGAAACGGAGUCCAGCUUUCUGUACUCAACCGCUUCAGAACAUUCUUUGGCAACCCUAACGACUAUCUUUUUUUGGGAAAUCAUAGUCUCGUCCUUUUGGAUACAAUUUCUUUAUCCUCCACAGACCACCCUGAGGUGAAUAAAGACCCCACAAGCUUUCUUGCGGCCCUGGGCCAUGAUGACCACCCUGCGAAACAAUAUCCUCGAGUUCUGGUGAGCCAUGUGCCGCUUUACAGGUUCACAGAAUCUCAAACGUGCGGUCCAUUGCGAGAAUCAAAAAAACGGUUUCCAGUGAUGCGCGGUAAGCAGUACCAGACAGUGAUCGAGUAUGAGCUGAGUCAGCGCAUUUUAAACUCCGUCAAGCCAAAGCUCGUCCUUUCUGGAGAUGACCACGAUUACUGCCACAUUCGUCAUCCCUUGGCAAACACAGGAGCGCCUCGUUCGGUAGACGGCGAAGCAUUCACAGACGAGAUCACCGUCAAGUCAUCUGCCAUGACUGGAGGAAUCAAGAAACCUGCCAUCCAACUGCUUUCACUGUAUAACCCGCUAGACGGCGAUGCUGAUCCAAAUUUAGUUGUCGAGGAAACAGGAUCGUUGGUAGUGAGUCACGAUACGUUGCGAUCGAGGCUAUGCUAUCUCCCAGACCCUUACCAGAGCCUCAGAUGGUAUUGUUUUGUGAUACUGCUAAUGUCUGCUUCAUUUGUGAUGGUUUACAUCUACCCUGACACUACAGCAAGACUGAAUAGCCGCCUUCGAGACCGUUUGGGGGUCAUCAAGCCGCUCUACGAGGACGACUUGGUGAAGAGACAGUCGCUGAAAAUGUCUUUGAUGGACUUUCUGCUGGAUUGGAACGUCCCAGAAGGACGCAACUGGAAGAUGUGUGUGUUGCACAUAGCAGCUAGCUUCGCCGUCUACGUAUGUAUCUUGAAUAGGUAUCAUAAUUCUAUAUAG